ACAAAAGAAGAGGCCUUGACAUUGUUGUUUCCAUUGCAUUGAAAAUGCCAGGCUUGACCCUCGGAGACACAAUUCCCGACCUUGAAGCUGAUAGCACCCAUGGAAGAAUCAAGCUUUAUGACUUCACCGGUGAUAGCUGGGCCAUCAUCUUCUCUCACCCGGGCGAUUUCACGCCGAUUUGCACUACGGAACUUGGCAAGAUGGCAGCCUAUGCUAAGGAGUUCGAGAAGCGAGGGGUGAAGCUUGUGGGGCUGUCUUGUGAUGAUGUGCAGAGCCACAAAGAGUGGACCAAGGAUAUUGAAGCCUACACUCCAGGGUGCAAGGUGACAUACCCGAUCCUUGCAGAUUCAAACCGAGAGAUCAUCAAGCAAUUGAACAUGGUGGACCCAGAUGAGAAAGACUCCUCAGGAAACCAGCUCCCAUCUCGAGCUUUGCAUAUAGUGGGCCCAGAUAAGAAGGUAAAGCUGAGCUUUCUAUACCCGGCAAGUACUGGCCGAAACAUGGACGAAGUGGUGAGGGUCUUAGAGUCGCUGCAGAAGGCAGCUAAGCACAAGGUUGUCACCCCAGCGAAUUGGAAACCAGGAGAUCCUGUGGUCAUUUCUCCCAGUGUGUCCAAUGAACAAGCCAAGGAGAUGUUUCCUCAGGGUUUUGAGACUGCAGACCUUCCAUCCAAGAAGGACUACCUGCGUUUUACCAAAGUGUGA